UUGUAUUUGCAUAAUUUUUGUAAAUGAUUGCUCAUAAUGUGAGGAGGUGUCUGCUUAUAAAUAUGUGCUUUAGUUCUUCAGUCAGUUUAUUUUUCCAUAUCGCAUCCAGAAAGAAGACAGACGCUAUAACUAAUUGUAAAGAUGAUCGAUAGAGAAGUUGCACUAGAAGCUUUGUGCACACUCUGCAAUGCCAAUGUAACUUCUGUUCAAACACAAGCUGUUUUUCCCAGAGCUGCCCGUGGUAGAGGAGCACCACAGCAGCAGCUGCUCAUCAAGAAUUUCAUCACUACAAUCUUGGAUGCAGAUGAAACCUGCCAGGUGUCAAGAUCCAACUUUGUCCACCUCCAAAGCGUCUUGCAAGGUGUUGAUCAGGCAGCAGGCUUUGCCCGAGGGAACCAUGUGGACAUUAGAACAGUAACAGGAAGGAAUCACAUCAUCGACGAGAAUGAAUUCUUUGACCCACGAUUCGACUAUGAUUUCACCAAGUUGAAAGACACCGAGACUUAUUACAGAGGUGGAGAGGUGUAUGAACGCCCAUGUGGUUGGCAGCGUUUUGCCCUCAAGAUCCUGGAUAAAUAUGAUGGAAAUACCUGGCUGGGAACUUCAUACCGUAGCACACAGUCAGUGCCUGGGGAGUGGCCUGUGUCAUACCAUGGGACAUCUAAGAUGGGUGCUGACGGCAUCAUCGAUGGAUACUACAAGCCAGGCUCAGGUCAGGUUUAUGGCAGGGGGAUUUAUUCUACUCCAUACAUCUCUGAGGCGAUCCAAUACGCCAAAACAUUCACCUCCAACAAGACGGGCAAGAAGUAUCAAGUGAUUCUGCAGAAUCGUAUCAACCCCACGUACAGGCAGAAACACAACAACGACAAGUACUGGCUGGUUCCCAUUCCGGAAGAAACAUCAACGACAGAAGAGCAGAAGAUGGUAGAAAGGGCCAUCCGUCCUUAUGGCCUUCUGUUGAAAGAGGUCUAACAGGGUGAAAAAGUUCACAAGAAAACCCACAAAUUUGAUCACAUAUUUGUUUCCUGAGCUUUAUUUUGAAAAGCCAGUGGGUGUGUUGUCUGAAGCAUCAACUUUGUCUUUAGUAGUCAAUGCAAAAUACUCUCUGAUGAUGUCAAAUGUAAUGAUGUCUCAUUUGCAUAUAGGAAAAUUUAUAUCACAGCUGUAUAUAGUGUGAACUUUCUGCACUGAAAUUCUUCUUUCUUUGUUCCAUUUUCCAGUAAGCAUUUAAUAAACACAAUCUGAAACAAA